CACGCCUAUCUCUUUCUCGUCGUAAUAGCCUCAUUUUUCUGUCUUUCUCGUCGCCGCCUCGCCGGUGCUUCAAAGCCCUAGCUUGCCUUGUCUCUCUUCAUACUUCACACACACAUACAAACAGAUACAAGCAUACGUUUCACUCUCCAGGAAUUGUUGUGCUGCUCAUGAGAUAAUCGAAUCGAAAAGGAUGAUUGAUUGUCAUGGUAUGGUAAUAAAGAUUUUGAGUUUGCCUAUGUUUUUCAACGGGUCCCCGUAUUGAUCACUAGAAGUUGGGAUUAAGUUUCCACAGCAAAUGGAUAGGAAAGACACUUCAGGGUUUGUUAGUGGGGGUGGGGUGAGCUAUCCCAAAGACAUCUAACCAUAGUUUUGUUAGUAACUUUUUUUUUUUAAAAACCCGGAAGUCAGGCCGACUGUUCUUUUGCCCUUUAGAUUUGGUCAAGAGUGUAGAUACUUGGCCAACCUGUUAUGGACCCCAUUUUCCAUGGUUUAGGUUAUGCUGCAAACCUGUCCUCAAAUGCAUUUAAGAAUCUGGGCAAUCCAAUUCAAUUUGGAGGGGCUGAAGCUGGAGGUGUAGGCGGUUAUUGUGCAGAUACCACCUUGCGACUUGAUUCCUUUAGUUCUUCAGCCCUUUCUAUUCCCUCUUCAAAGGGAAUCAAAAGAAAAUGGAGCUUCAUUGAUGGAUCUAUAAAUCAGCAAGCUGGGUCCUCUUUGUGUCUCCACCUAGGCCAUUCAUCUAGUUCAUCGGACAGUAAGGGGAGCUCAGCAACUGGAUGCACCUCAAAUUCUUCUGCGAAAGAAACUGAUGAGGAGUCCUCAAUGGACCUAGAACUGGAUUUCACCCUCCAUCUGGGCAAUGAAAAGUCACUAAGCCUGAAAAAGUCUCCCACAUCUGAGAAAGGACUGGGUUUUCUGCCCAAGGUUGAUCUGGAACUGAGUCUUUCUAGUGCGCAUGCUGAAUCUGAGAUUACUAUAGUGAAUCCAAGCUCCUCGUUGCAAACUGCUAUGAAUGUACCACAGACUACAUGUGAAGCUUUCCAAUUUGACGAAGGAUCAGUCUCAUCUUGGAGAGGUGGUAGCCUUCAGAGUUCCUUAAACACACCUCAUAAUGCAGGGGCUAGUUUCUCCCUCAAUCAGGAUGCAAGACAAGCCAGGCCAACUCCAAUCUCUCCCAACCAAUCUUUUAGUGUGAUAACAAAUUCAAAAAGCUCAGUCACCUGUACUUCCGGGAUAACAAAACAACAGCAGCAACGUAGUAGUAGUACCAAACAAUGUCAGUUCCACGGGUGUCUAAAAGGAGCAAGAGGUGCUUCUGGCUUCUGCAUCGCCCAUGGAGGUGGUCGGAGGUGUCAAAAACAUGGCUGCCAUAAAGGAGCUGAGGGUCGAACUGCAUUCUGCAAGGCCCAUGGUGGUGGUCGACGAUGUGAAUUCCUAGGAUGUACCAAGAGUGCAGAAGGACGUACAGAUUUCUGUAUAGCACAUGGUGGUGGACGGCGUUGUAGUCAUGGGGGUUGUACCCGUGCUGCCAGAGGGAAAUCUGGGUUGUGCAUUCGACAUGGUGGAGGCAAGAGAUGCCAGAAAGAGAACUGUACAAAGAGUGCUGAGGGACUUUCUGGUCUAUGCAUUUCACAUGGAGGUGGUCGGCGAUGUCAGUACCCCCAAUGCACUAAAGGGGCACAAGGAAGCACAACCUUCUGCAAGGCACAUGGUGGUGGUAAACGUUGCACUUUUGAAGGCUGUACAAAGGGUGCAGAGGGUAGCACACCAUUUUGCAAGGGCCAUGGUGGAGGGAAAAGAUGUUCAUUCCAAGGAGGUGGGAUUUGCACAAAAAGUGUGCAUGGAGGGACCCUUUUCUGCGUAGCGCAUGGGGGUGGUAAGAGGUGUGCUGUGCCUGAGUGUACAAAGAGUGCAAGGGGCCGAACUGAUUUCUGUGUGCGUCAUGGUGGGGGCAAGAGAUGCCAGUUUGAAGGUUGUGGAAAAAGUGCUCAGGGAAGCACUGAUUUUUGCAAGGCACAUGGUGGAGGGAAAAGAUGCUAUUGGGGCCAGCCUAGUUCUGAAUUUGGCAAAGGUGAAAUUCCUUGUAAUUCAUUUGCCAGGGGAAAGACAGGGCUUUGUGCAUCUCAUGGUGCUCUGGUGCAGGAUAAACGGGUUCAUGGUGGAGCUACCCUCGGAGUUGUAGUCCAGGAGAUAACACCAAAGAAAACUGAGAAUAUGAAAGAGAUUGACACUGCAGAGGACAUGGAUGCUGAUAGCAUGACUGUGGAAAGAAGUGCUGUAACAUCUGCAAAUGGUUCUGAUUGGAAAUAUAUCAGUUUUAAACAAGCUACUCCAUCUGUUCCAGUUACAAUUCCUGAAGGAAGGGUUCAUGGAGGAAGCUUAUUGUCAAUGCUAGCAAGUAAUUCUGACUCUUCCUUAAGCAGUAGCAGGGGCAUGGAGAAUCCAUCUGAGCCCAGGAAAGCUUACAUUACACACCAAAGCUGGAUGUAAGAAAGAAGACCUAUCCCGCUACACUUGAGGCCAGUGUGUGUAUUUCCUCAAUUUCCAGUUAUGCAGUCUACUGAAUGUGUACUUGCUUUUCUAGUUUGUUUGGUGAGGAAAUGCGCUCACUUGUCAAGUGAGUGAUAGCAGACUUGGCAUUUGAUUACUAUUUUGUAUGUGUGGCAAUAAGUAUUAACUAGGAAUAGUUAGUCAUGUGAAUGUGGGUCAUUGAUAUUUUCCUGUGUACAUAGGAAGCUUGUCCUUUGUUAGCUUAUGAUCAUGUGAAUAUUUCAUGUACUAUGACAACUAGUUAAAUAAAACUAUUGCAUUGCUGUAUACUAUUGGAUUUUCUCCAUUUA